AUGAAAUUCAUGCAAGGCCUUGUUGCUCAGCACAGUUCAGAAGACUGCACAUGGGGCAUCAAUGUACCGUUUCCUGUUGACGCUUUUGCUCAAUCACUGCUCAUCGCUGUCAACGGAUACAAACCCGACGUUAAACUUGUCGAUAAAUACAUUAGGCCAAGAAAUAUGCCAAUACUCAUCAACGAUUCAGACGCUGGGUUGAGCAUUAACGUUCUACGGCCAGAUUGUGAUUAUGGUUGGGAACCAGCUGGAGACUAUUGUUUUAAGUGGACUCUUAUAUUCCGCGACUACUACAAUGCCGCAGCCUACUGCCAUAGUGUGGGAGCCAUGUUGGCCGAUGAUCUGACUCAAGACAAACACGAUUUU